UUCCCCCUUUCGCUCGCAGUUUCUGUUUUCUCUGCAAAUCGUUACCAGUGACCAUUUUUGCCAGAUAAAGUGGACAAUGGCAGGAUUAGACUGGACUUAUGGUGUUUCCACUUUACGUCAAUGGGAAUCCGCAGAUUAUGAGCCUUCACUUCCUGUUUCAGAGAAGUCUAACCCCCUGACAUGUGACAUCGACCGAGCUUCGGCCUAUAGCAUUGUGAAGAUGUUACAAGUUUGUGAUUCCCAGAUGUUCCAGAAAGAGGCAGGAACGACCUACCAGAGGCUUUUGAGUGACCAAGUGUUGAAAACCUUAAUGGAGGUUGCUAAAAGGGUCGAGGUCAUAAUAAAGGAUCCUCAGGAGAGCUGUGUUGUGAUGAGCGGUUGUGGCACUUCUGGUCGGCUGGCUUUCCUGAUCUCGUCAGGCUUCAACAAAGCACUGAGUCAGCUGAACCAAAGUGAAGUGUAUUCAUACAUCAUUGCAGGAGGAGACAGAGCUCUGCUUUCCUCUCAAGAGGCUCCUGAAGACGACCCCAGACUGGGCGUGCUCAGUCUGAAGAAGGUGUGUGAGGGAAAGAAGCGAGUCUUGUUCAUUGGCAUUUCCUGUGGACUGUCUGCUCCAUUUGUGGCAGGGCAGCUGGAUUUCUGCUUGCAGCACCCUGAAGUCUACACACCUGUGCUGGUUGGCUUCAACCCUGCACAUCAGGCCAGAGAUGAGCCCAUACAAGACUGCACCUUCACGUUUCACAGUGUGGUACAAAGGAUGCAAGAACUUGCAAAAAGCCAGAAGGCCUUCCUCAUUAACCCAGCAGUUGGGCCCGAAGCCAUCAGUGGGUCCUCCAGGAUGAAGGGAGGCAGUGCAACUAAGAUUCUCCUGGAAGUUGCCUUCUCUGCUGCUCAUGCUGCCACUUCCUCCAACACACCUAUCACACAUAAUGGUGUUCUGCAGCACAUGAUGGAAUAUGAGAGAACUCUGGCUGUCACGUACUCUCAGCCUGAUGGCAUCACUACUCUGGUGGAGGCAGCGGGAGAAAGUUUGCGGUGCAGCAGGCACGUGUAUUACCUGGGCUGGGGUUCGCUGGCUUUGCUGGGCCUCAUUGAUGCCAGUGAGUGUAGCCCCACAUUUGGUGCAGACUAUGAAGACGUUCGAGGCUUCAUCAGAGGAGGAUACAGAGAGCUGAAUAACAAUGACGGUCCCUUAACUUCACUGGGCCCCAAGUUCUCCAUAGCACAUGAGGACUUCCUACAUCUGAUCCUGCCGUGUCUUACUGAUAAGGACACUGUGCUGCUAAUCUACACGCACUCCGAUGACGCCACUGAAGUGGGUAACAUGGCCCGCAGAGUGAGAGAAAAGACGCCCAACCUCCAUGCUGUUUAUCACCAGGCUGAUGGAGACACAGCAGCUUCUUUACAACAAGACAACAUCAAAAAACUGUGUUUAUCUACACUAAAGAUAACUUGGCCUCAAGAAGCACUUGUUUCAGGGACCUUGCAGCAUAUGCGGGAGCUGUCCACCAAGCUGGUGCUGAACGCUGUGAGCACUGGAGCUCAUGUCUUAAAGGGGAAGAUAUACCAGAACCACAUGAUUGACCUGCAGGUCACCAACACUAAACUGUACCGCAGGGCCACGCGUUUACUCCAGAAGCUUUCUACAUGUCCAGAGGAAAAAUGUGAGGAAGCUCUUUUAAAGGCAAUCUACCGAGUAGACAUGCUGACACUGGAGAUGACAUCCUCUGACAUCACCACACACACGUGCUUUGCCAGAAACAGCACCAAGGUGGUCCCUCUGGCUUUGGUCAUUUUACUUACCGGUUGGUCACUGGUGGAGGCGGAGUCACAUUUGAAGCAGCAGCCAAUUGUUAGGGAAGCCGUGGCUCAGUGGAUGUGGUAACGGAGGCCGUUAAGUUAAAAUCUUACAUACAAAACACAAAUUUGAGCACUUUUAUCUCACUCUUAAAUGAACAUACUUCUGUUUUAAUUUAAUGUGAUUGAAAUAAAAUAAGUAAA